GCCGGCAGGAAAGGCGUCUUCCUGGCCCUGCUGCUGGCGAGCCUGGUCGUCCUGAGCUAUCUCCUGCGCAAGGAGCUCUUCCAGAGUACUGUCUUUGGGCUCGACCACGAAAGUCCCAUGAAGCAGUCGGAAGGAAUUCGAGGUGCUUCAGAAACGGAGAAAGACUUUUGCCUUAAACAAAUGAGAGAUGGAAUUUGUCAGACAGACACUGGAGCUCUAUGCGGGACGAGGAUGCAGGAGAGAAAGGAAAGAGAAGUCAAAGACAUCUUGACAAAACUGGACCAGCUGAUGCCCAAUGUCACUUUCACGGAUAUAAAAACCACCACAUGUGCCAAGAACAGCAAAGCCACCAUAGUGAACCAUCAGGGCUCUUACUGUGUUGGAGACCACUUGACGAUUCGCUUGGAUUUGUUUGACUUCGUCGGGAAGAAGAAGGAGUACGGAGGGGACUUCUUACGAGCCAGGGUCUAUUCGGCGAGUCUGAAAGCCGGAGCUUCAGGGCAUAUCAAAGACUAUAGGAAUGGGACGUACCUGGUUGAUUUCACUUUAUUUUGGGAAGGUAACGUCAGAGUUUCCCUCUUGCUCAUCCACCCCAGCGAAGGCGUUUCAGCCCUGUGGGCGGCGAGAAAGAAAGGCUAUGACAAAAUCGCUUUCACGGGCAGAUUUUUGAGUGGAACGUUAGACGUCUCCACCGAAUGUGGCUUUAACCUGACCACAAAGGCAGAACUCUGUGAGUAUCUCGACGAGCGAGAUGGAGAGGCCUUCUACUGUGUGAAACCAAAGAAUGUGCCUUGUGAUGCCUUCGUUCAGUUGAUGACAAGCAACAAGCCAGUGUCCUACCUCACCAAACUGGAACAGAGCCUUUUCCACAGGAACAACAUCGGGGUUGAGAUCCCGCAGAGAUUUGGGGAGAUUCGUGUCUUACCCUGUAACAGGAACAAGACAGCACCCAGCAAGCAAUGCAGCAUCGGGAUGCGCUCCCCAUUCCCCAGUGGCUUUGUGUGGCAGGACCAGUGGUACCCAGUCUUCUGCAGCAUGUCCAAUUUUGGGACCUUGGAUCAGAUUAACAAUUGCUUGAAAAGGAAACUGGUCUACUUCAUGGGAGACGUGACAGUGCGGCGAUGGAUGGAGCAUCUCACGAACACAGUGAGCACCCUCAAACAUUUUGACAUCCAUGAGACCGGGAAGCUCCAGAAUUUGCUCGCUGUAGACACAGCCAGGGACAUUCAAAUCCAGUGGAAAAAACAUGGCCACCCCAUCAUCACCGACUACAACUGCACAGUGAAAGAUCACAGCUACGUCGCUCGGGAGAUCGACAACCUGGCGGGGGACGGAGACACGGCUGUGGUCAUUUCCCUGGGCCGGAACUUCCGGCCUUUCCCCAUCGAGCUCUUCAUCCGAAGGGCGAUUAACGUGCGGGCAGCAAUCGAGCGCCUUUUCCUAAGGAGCCCAGACACAAAGGUCAUUCUCAAAGCAGAGGACGUCCGUGAGAUGCAGGCCGACCCAGAACGCUUUAGCAACUUCCAUGGCUAUGCCCAAUACCUUGCAGCAAAGAACGUUUUUCAGAAUCUCAACAUCGGCAUGGUUGACGCUUGGGACAUGACCAUCGCCUACGCAACCACUGACAUUCAACCGCCAGUGUAUGUGGUCGGGAACCAAAUUAACAUGUUUUUAACUUAUCUCUGUUAAAGCCGGAGGGCAAACAAGGACUACAAAUGCAGGGAGCUGAAAAAGAAGACGUUAGUCUUCAGCCUACGUAGGUCCACAAAGGUCCCGGGAGUUUCAUCUAGGCCUAGAUCUAAAGUAACUGUGUGACUAGUUUGCUGCAUCCAAGAGGACUUCGGGUUUGUGUUUCCCAUACAGAAGCCCUUUCCCAGGCUGCAUGGCAAAACGUCUUCUAAAACUGGGGAGUAUUUCAGAAGCAAUUUCUCAUAGGCUAGGAGGGGCUGUGGCUCAAAGGGGCUAUAGGCAUCACAUCCAAGUCCCUAGAAGUAAGCCCUCUGGACCCUGGUCUAGGUCCCUACACACCAGAUGCCUUUACCCAGGUGCCUGCAACCUUUUAAGCCUGACAGCAGCAUGCUGCAAAGAUGAUGGAUGCAUCACAAGCCAAGGAGGCACGUAGUAGCCACCUGGCCACUGACUAUUUAGGUGACCUUGGACAAGCUGUGAAGUGAAGCUUCCACAGGCAUGUCUACAUCAUACUUGUUUUCCCGGGGUCAUCCCUAUGCAUCCAAAUGACACACAGGGGAUCCCGGGGGCAAGCAGGGAUGACCCCCUCCAUUUUCCUGGGUUAACCGAGACCAUCCCGAGGACCGCAGGUGGUGUGGCGCCCACUCCCGGCUUCUCCCUUCCU